AUGUCCGUCGCUCCUGCGCCUGUUCAGGCAGGCAUGACGGCCUCGUCCGAGCCAGAGGAUAUCAUCCAGCCGACCAAGGAAUGGGUCCUUCCCGCACGCGGCAAGCCAGGGCGCAAGCCUGCGGUCACUGUUCCGCUCACGAAACGAAAGGCACAGAACCGCGCGUCGCAGCGCGCAUUCCGCGAGCGCCGGCACGCCUACCUCGCCGAGCUCGAGGAAAAGGUGGCGCGGUACGAGGCCCGCGAAAUUGAUGCGAAUGUACAGAUGCAGCGGAUCGCACUGCAGUGCCGCGAAGAAGCAUCCAUGCUCCGCCAGAAAAACGAAACACUCACCGCACGGUGCGAGCAGCUUGAGAAACAGCUGCGGGCGCUCAGCACGGCCGGCUCGCCACCGCAGUCCAACGGUGGCACGCCGAGCGGGUGUUUGCCACCGAAGCACGAGGCGCGUACGCACGCCUCGCCAGAAGCCGUGCCGACCAACAGCACGGUGUCUACUGGAUACUCCCCGCCGCCGAGCACCGGCGCAGCGACGCCGACGCCCAACGGGUCGAUUCCUCAUAUGCCCAUGCUUCGCCAGUCGAGUACGCCGAGCGAUCCAGACGAGAUCGGAUUCGACUGCGGAUUCUGCCCCGACCAAAACCUGUGCGUGUGCCGCGGCAAGGCCAAGCUCGAGUUCGGCGAGGAGAUGCACGACCCCCUCACACCAGGCGCUACGCCGAGCCUCUACCAGAGCGUCCCGCCACAGACACAGGCCGCCGUGCCGCUCGUGCGCUCUACACGCCCCAAGCCGCGGCUGUGGGCAACGACGCCAAUGAGCGACGCGUCCAAUGCCCCGUCGCCAAUCGGGACACGCGUGGGGUCGUGGGCCGCCGGCACGUCGCCUGGAGCGAUCGCGCAGCGCGCAGGAUCUCGCCCCCGGCUCUGGGCCGUACACGAGCCCGAGCAAAAGUCUGCUCCGAGCCCGCGGCGGCCGAGUGCACCGUCGUGCACCGGCGACCAAAAGACAUGCAGCGCAUGCAACGCGGACCCUGCGCUCGCGACCUUUUGCUCGGCCGUCUCGCGCAGCGUCCAGGUACCCAUGUCGACGCAGCGCCAGGCGCCCCUGCCCCCUCCAUCCGCGGCGUCGGCUGCGAGCCCCGGGCGCCGCGAGACGGUGCCGCAUGCCUUUACACGGAUCCGCAACCACCCCAACUUUUCGCAGUGGAAAGGCGACGGUGGGCUGCAGAUGCUCGCCGAGAUCGUCUCGCGCGACUCCAAAGACGAAGAAGCGUCUCGCGGCGAUGCGGAGCGUCUGCCGCCCCGGCCGGCCGGCGGCGGCUCGCCGUCGCGCAAGCGCAGCUCGCCGUCGCCGCCGGCGGUGCAGCCGAUGCGCCGCAGUGCGCCGGACGCGUCGCCGGACGUGGCCAGCGAAGGAGAGCGGCGAAAGCGGACGCGUGCGGACAAUAUGGUUUACGUACGCAGCGAGGCCGUUUCGGAGGCGCUUGCCAUGCUCGACCGCCCCGGCGAAGGGGAAGAGGAUGCGGGAGCAGCCAUACCCCACGCGAAAGCGUGCCCUUGCCCGUGGGUGAAUACCUCCUCGCGGCUGCCAUGGCCACGGUGA